AUGGCUGAAAAUGUUUCCAGAAGAAGAAUUAGCGAAUUUAUCAUCAUAGGAUUUGACAAGUAUGAAAAACCAAUGAUUCAUGGAAUUGUCAUACUUACAGUAUACUUGCUUGUAAUGCUUGGGAACUUGGCUAACAUAUGCUUUAUAGUCAUGGACAAACGUCUACACCAGCCAAUGUAUCUCUUUAUUUGCAAUUUAGCAAUUGUAGACAUGCUCUACUGUACAUGUUCAUGUCCAACAAUGAUAGGGAACCUUUUAUAUGGAGUUAAAACCAUAUCUUAUGUGCCAUGCAUUUUUCAGAUGUUUGUUUUUGGUUUAGGCUUUGUGAUGGAGGUGUUUACUAUUUCUGUUAUGGCUUUUGACAGAUUAAUUGCCAUAAUCAAGCCACUGCGCUACCAUUCAAUUCUGACAAAUGUGCGUUGUGUUAUUUUGACCUUUUUGCUAUGGAUUCUGGGUUCUGCUACAAUAUCCAUUGUGCCUGCAACUGUUCUUUCACUUCCAUUAUGUUACACAACACUUGCAUUCCUGUUUUGUGACUAUGGCUCUCUUAUCAGAGCCAGUUGUGUGGAUCCUAACCCAUAUUUUGAUAUGAUGGCAAGUUUUACCUUCUUUCUGCUUUUUGGAACAUUUAGUUUCAUCUGUGGCUCUUAUGUAAUAAUAGUUAUUGUUGUUGUAAAAAUGAACUCAAAGGGUAGUAAGAGAAAAGUGUUUAACACAUGCUUUAGUCAUUUGAUAGUUGUGGUGUGCUGUUAUGGCCCUACUUUUAUUAUAAAUAUUUUAACUAGAGCAGGUAUCGUUCUCACAAUUGAGGAGCGAAAUGGGUUCAGAAUUGGCACAAUUCUUGGUCCAUCUUUAGUGAAUCCUUUCAUAUAUUCUUUUAGAACCAAAGAGAUCAGAAACAAAAUAUUGAGAAUCAUGUCUAAAGUAGGACCAACUAAUGAAUAA